AUGAUGAACACGACUGUGUCUUCUAGUGCGCCGACAGCGCCAAUGCAGAGCAAGAAGCACUCUACAAUCCUGCCAAAUGCACAUCCGUAUGCAAUCAAGACGACGUCCUCUGCUGUUCUUUCACGUUCGAACUCGUCACCGCAUUCAUCACCCUCAGUCAAACACCAUUAUGUUCCUCCAUCGCCAACUCGCCCGAGGCAUCGUCACACGCCUUCCCUAUCAUCUGUUGAAGGUGUAAGCGUCAAUGAAAUUCCCCGACCUUCUCCGUUGCCUGUUCCCCCUUCCUUCCAUUCCAUCCCUCCAACACGUGCAUCUUGCUCUCUCAGUAAUGACAUAACGCCUUCUCGCAGACUGAGGCGUGCAGAUACGCUACCAUCCUCUGCAAGUUUACCUGCUCUUAAUGACAGUGCUGUCACAGAGGAUAAUGAGUUACCUCGCAACCCCAAGCACUGGUCCACUGAUGACUUCGCUUCACAUUUUGCCACUUCAUUCCGGGCGGGGAACGCGUUGAGUAGCGAAGAUCAGGGACAUCUCCUUCGUGUGAUCAAAGAACAAAAUAUUACCGGUAGGAGUUUCUUGAGAUUAACCGACGCUGACCUCGCCAGCCUGUCUUUGACACCCGGUCAGCGACUUCAUCUGCUCGAGGCUUCCCGCGCCUUGCGCGCGGAUGUUCUCCGUGGUCGCAUAUGGGUGGACUCAUACCACUCUAAAGACAUGUCCGCACACUCAAAAGGUGUUUACACCCGAUCUACACGCAGCUCGAAUUCUCCUUUCAACUGUGACCUGUACAAUUUUUCCACUUCAUCGGUGGAUUUAAUCCUCUCGCCAUCUGCCUCCAUAAGAGCUGAUGGAGACCUUUCGCCAUCCCCAGCCGUAACCUUGAAUCGUUCCAACUCUGUUUCAGACUCUUCCGCGCAGAGGUAUAGAGACCUUGCACGUAUGCGAGUCAGGAGACGUGGACAGGUUAAGGGUCUUGUUGACACUUGGGAGCGCGAAAGAGGCGCCGUCAGCGGGAGCGAAGGCUCUAUGAGUGGCAGUGAUGUCGAUAGUGACAAUGACAUUCCGUCCGCUAAGUCACCCCUCCCGCCUGCCCUGUCAAGUUCGACGAUCAGCCUGAUUAACCCGCCACCUCCACCAUACACAUCGCUCAAGGAGAUUGAGGACGAGCCGACCAUCGAGGAGCUCCUGACGUCCUCUGGCCCUAUAAAAGGUGCACGCGCUUGGGAAGUAGACUACGGAUUGGGAGAAACCGUAAAGAGGAUCCCCACUAGUACGCCUGCCAAUUUGCCGUUGGCAUCUACACCUCCGAGGGUGGCGGCGGCGGUCGAAAUUAAUGCCGACUCAAACGAGUCUUCAGUAGAAUGCAGCCUCAGCAAGUUCAGUGUCAUUGGAAACGGCCGAGCUAAUACUCAGAAACGAAUCGUGACCGCGAUAUUUACCGGAGGUUUUGAUAAGAUGGACAGUGCGUUGGACAGCAUACCUGUGGACGACGUACCUCAGGCCAACUUAAAUCCAGGGGAGGUUGUAAACAUUCUUGAUGCAGCAGGGCUUGAGGUUACUGCCGUCGAGUCAGCCGAAGGCGCCUCUCUUGUGCCUGGCCAAGUCGCAGUACCUUCCGAUGAUGAUAACGCCAUUGCACUACUUGAAGCAUCCAUCGUUUCCACUCAAGCGCAGCUUGAAGCAUUCCGAGCACGUCUGGAAGUUGUCGAAACACAAAUCGCGGCCCAGGAAGCUGUUAACAACGCUUACCUUCGUCCUGAAGAAGCUCAACUGCUACUCAAUGAACAUCAGCCCAUAGAUCAUUCUUGUAUUCAUGAUCCGUUCCCCGCUCCGGACGACGACUUCUCCGGUCAUCGCCUUAGUUUGAGAUCAUUUGCGCGCUCGAUUGUUGCUCACACAUUGGGAUGGUUGUAUCCCUACUCUCAUCCUGGUGCACACCCUCGCCCAGAAGUAAAGGCUACGCAUUCUCAAGGACUGAACGCUUCCCUCGCGCGACCGCGCAUUUUACCCGAGUUUCGGCUGUCCUACGUGAUCAUGUUCUCUUUCGCGCUUUGUGCAGCUAUUUUGCGCAAAGUGGGAAACACAAUGCGGAGGCGUUAA